AAAGUGACUGAAAGUAAACCAUCUGCGUGUGAAAAUGCGGAAAAGCGUGUGUUUGCUGCUUCUACUGGCGGCCACCUGCAGCGCAGGACCAUUGAGCGCCCAUCAGAAGAGAAAAGCGCCGGUGACUCGUGAGGAACCUGUGCCCGUUGAGGUGGAAAUGCCGGAACAGACUGAAACCGAGGUCGAAUCCUCUCCGGCGGAACCCGCCUCCCUGGGAACCCUCACCCUGCCCAGCAAUGCCACCUCCAUUCGGUCGGACAUCACGGAUAACUUCUCGUGUGCCAACAAGACGUAUGGAUACUAUGCGGAUGUGGAGAACGACUGCCAGAUCUUCCAUGUGUGUUUGCCAGUCACCUAUGCCGAUGGCCGGGAGAACACCUUCCGCUGGAGCUUCAUCUGCCCCGAGGAGACGAUCUUCAGUCAGGAAUCCUUUACCUGCAUGCGACGCGAGGACAUGACCAUCGAGUGCGAGGAUAGUUCUAGGUACUACGAACUGAAUGGCAACUUUGGUGGUGCUCCCGAGGAGGAGAGCAAACCCACUCCAGUAGAGAGUGAGCAUAUGGAGGAGGAGAAGGAGGAGGAGGAAUCCAAGCCAGUUGAGGCGGAACCAGAGCCAGAGCUUCCUGCAGAACCAGAGGUCCAGACUGCCAAGCCCAUGAAACCAGUCAAAGUGCAGAAGCCCAAACCCAACCGAAGGAAGCCUCAGCCGCAGAGGAAGGUUCCAGUUACCGUGACAGCUGCUCCCGAAGUAGAAGCUGCUCCGGAGGCAGUUGCUCCUGCUGUCAAGCCACAGCGAUUCUCCAUUAGACCCAACAAGGAGAGGCCGCAGGGAAUCAAACCAGCAAUUGCUGCCCCUCCCCUGCGAAAUGACCUCUUCAAUGGCAUCCGCAAGCGUCCAGCGAUCUUCAACAAGCCAACGACUACAGUGAAACCUGUGGAGGAGGUGGUGGAAAGUGAACCUGCUGCUACGGAAGCUGUGAUCCAACUCAGUGAACCUCAACCCACACUGAAACUGGAGACCUUGUUUGCCGAGCCCGAAGUGAUUUCCAUUCCCGUGGAAGUCCAGGAGCCAGAGGUUCAGGCUUCCGAACCAGCGGUGACUUUUGUUCAACCCGAGGAAGUAAAGGAGGAGGUGGAACUACCCACCAAAGUGGAGAUUGAUACCAGGAUUGAGGAUGUCAAGCCCAUUGAAGCCAUCGAAGAGAUUCCUACUGUUAUAGUGGAACGUCUAGAUGAAUCAAAGCCUAUGGAGAAUGAAAUUAAGACCGAAGAGCAGAAGGAAACUAAGGUGACUGAGGAGGUCAAACCAGAGGAAGAGGUCAAGCCAGAAGAGGAGGUCAAACCAGUAGAAGAGGCAGUGAAAACAGAAGAAGAAGAGAUCAAACCUGAAGAGGAAAUCAAACCUGAAGAAGAGAUCAAACCAGAAGAAGUUAUCAUCAAGUCAGAGGAGCAAGUGAAACCACAGGAGGAAAUCGCAGGAGAAGAAGAGCCCGAAGUACCAGCCAAAGUGGAGGAGAUCCAUGAAGCUCAACCCGAGGAAAUCAAAUCCGAGCCAGCCAUUAUGGAAACUACUAACUCCAAUGAAGAACCCCUGAAUCUGGAAACCCUCGAAGCAGCCAAGCCAGCCGAUGCACCCGAGAGCAUGCCAGCCACCCCCGAAAUGGAGCAACAUAGUCCUCUUGUAGAGGAGAUCCUGGAUAACAGCCACGAAGGAGAGGCCCAGGAGUCGCUAGGUGGCUUCAAGCCAGUUGAUCCUGUGAUGGCCGCCGAGGCGGAGCAACUGAUCGUCGAUUUUCUGAAUACUCUAAAGAACAACGAAGAGAAGCCCCAAAUUAACUUGAAGGAUAUUCCUUCACCAGUUGAAAACGCAGAUGUUUCGAUUGAGGAGGCCAAACUGCCGGAACCGGAAAUUGUGGACAAGAAUGCCUCUGUAGAAGAACAGCUUUUAGAAGAAACUGAAGUUAAAAAGAAGCAAAAACCAGAGAUGAUGAAAGAUUCGCCCAUUAUCAACAUUAUGCAAGUGCAGCACAUGCCCAUGGACUAUCAGAUUCCAGUUCAGGUGAUUCCCCUCGAGGAAGAAGAAGUUCAACCCAUUUCCGCCAUCUCUGAGGACUUAGAGAAUGCCAAGGAAAGUGCUGAGGAGAAAAUAAAGGAAGCUAAUCCCGAGGAGGUCAAGGAUGAAGCCCCCGAAGAAGUCAAAGAAGAAAUCAAGGUGGAAACACCUGUCCAAGAAACUUCUCCCGAGGAGGUCAAAGAAACCAUUCCCGAGGAAAUCAAGGAGACAGCUCCUGUGGAAAUCAAAGAGACUGCUCCUGAGGAGCUCCCCGAAUCCCUUCCCGAGGAGACUCCCACCCACGACGAUGAGGCUCAGGAUCAAUCCACUCUAGUCACCGCCGCCUACAUGCCCUCGAUCAGCAUCGAUGACAUCGUGGAGCUGGUCAAAGAGCGACUGGAUCAGACGCCCAAGAAGGAUCAGAUGGCUCCCAUGGAGCUGAUUCUCACGCCAGGAGCGGCUGAGCCCAUGAGCCUGGUGCAGCAGGAGCAAGCGGAGGAGCAGGAAUCCCAGCCAGAGAUGGAGGAGCAACAGGAGGAGGAGCUCAUCCUGCCCAUCUACAAGCGCAUCUCCGCCGCCGAACCCGCCAUGUCCAAGGUGCAAACGCUGCCUGUCACCGUGAGCAAAGUGGAAACGGAAACGGUUUCAGAAACUGAAUCCCAACCGGAAGUGCGGGAACCCAAAAUGGAUGCCCGCAAGCGUCGCUUCCUUUUCCGUGCCGAUGCCAGCUAAAGAGGAUUAAAAAGAGAGAGAGAUCGAGAGAGGAUACCUAAAGGACCGAUAGCAAUCCUGGCGAGGAUUACCCACUAUCCUCCCAUCCUUAGCCCGAACCGGAACCCCGUUCACCUCCUAGUUCCCAAAAACGCUAUCCCACUCAUUUGCAACGUAGGCAAGUUUUAUUUAAUAAUUUUUUGAUUUCCUAGUUUUUAUGGCCAUUUCUCAGCAAAGGAAAAACGCGCGCACGAGAGUUGAAAUUUAAGUUUAGAAUUGUUGUUCCGCAAGAGAGUUAAAGAAACAAAUUACAAACAAACAAAAAAUUGAAAAAAAAAAUCUUAAAAUAAAAAUAUUAAAAAUGAAA